ACUGCUGUCAGAUUAAUGGCUUUUUUUUCUCUAAAUCUCACUAAGCUUGAUGUCUUAUCGGAUCUUCCUGAAAUUCAGUUGGGGGUAUUGUAUAAACACAUUGAUGGUACACUAGUCAAAUCCUUCCCUGGUGAUCUUCGCGUUCUCGAGCAACUGAAGGUGGAAUAUGAAGUUUUAUCGGGGUGGCAAUGUGAUAUUUUGAAGGUGAGAAACUACUCUGAUCUUCCAAAGGCUGCACGGGAAUACGUGCAAAGAAUAGAAGAACUUGUUGUGGAGAAACGGGUGAAGAACAGUAGCAAGAAUUCAUCUGCUAUGUCUCUUGAACAGUUCGUCUCCACCAUGGCCCCUCUACUCGAUCUCGAAAAGGAAGCUGAGAUAUCAGCUUCCAUGACUUCGGGAGCAACAAGGACUUUGGAUGCUGCUCAGAAGAAAGGCUCCUCCAUUCUUAAUUUGAAGUGUGUGGAUGCUCAGACAGGAUUAAUGGGAAAAUCUCUUCUCGAGUUUCAGUCUACUAAAGGUGAUGUUCUUCCUGCCCACAAGUUUGGGAUUCAUGAUGUUGUUGUUUUAAAACCAAACAAAGCUGAUCUAGGGUCACCUCCACUGGGUCAAGGUGUGGUUUAUCGUCUGAAGGACUCAUCAAUCACUGUUGCUUUUGAUGAUAUCCCAGAGGAGGGUUUAAAUAGUCCUUUACGUCUUGAGAAAGGGGCCAAUGAGGUGACAUACCGUAGGAUGAAGGAUACAUUGAUUCAACUAAGUAAAGAAGUGCUGAGGGGACCUGCUGCCGACUUAGUUCCUGUGCUAUUUGGAGAGCGACCGCCAACAGUGUCAAAGAAGGAUGUUACUUUCUCACUAUUUAACACCAAUCUUGAUCACUCUCAGAAAGACACCAUUUCAAAGGCCCUAUCAUCAAAGAACAUAUUUUUGUUGCAUGGGCCUCCCGGAACUGGAAAAACUACAACUGUGGUGGAAAUUAUCUUACAAGAAGUGAAACGUGGAUCAAAGAUUCUUGCUUGUGCUGCUUCAAAUAUUGCCGUUGACAACAUUGUUGAACGACUUGUUCCUCACAGAGUGAAGUUGGUGAGGGUGGGGCAUCCCGCACGUUUGCUACCUCAAGUCUUGGACAGUGCUCUUGAUGCACAGGUUCUACGGGGGGAUAAUAGUUCUCUUGCAAAUGACAUCCGCAAGGAAAUGAAGGUAAAAGAUAUAGAGAAGUGACAACCAAGAUGAUGCUUCACAAAGCCCAUUAUUUCUUCUUCUUCUUCUUGUUUGAUUAACGAAUUGUCUUUUUCCCCAUAACUUCACUACACAUUGAUAUGUCUUCAUUGAUCUACAGUAAUUUUAUGAUUAUCACAUGUAGAAAUUUAAUGUAUAAAGAGAAAUAGAGAAUUGUAUUAUUGAUUGAUUUAUAUUGAUAUCAAUUACAAUGAUUCAUGAUUCCUAUAUAUAGAAGAGGGUG